CAAAAGUUGAGAUGUCUACAAACAGAAAUCAGGGGUUUGAAAAGUCGCGUCGCGUCGCGGCCCAAAGCGCGUCGUUAUUCUAGUAGCGAUGGGUUUAAUUGCCCCGGUAAAGGUAGGGUACCCAGCUUGUCGGGUCUGCCAAGGCCAAUCGGAUAAAGAAAUAGACCCCGUUAUGCUGUUAGAUGAUGUGGCCUAUGCACGUACCAAGCUACCUUAAGGGUAUGCCUGUGAAUUGGUGAUGGGAACGCAUUUGGCAGGCUACUCCUAGCCAUCUCUCAGCACCUUCCUGUGACGACGACGGCUCUACGACCUGCCCUGAAGCUCGAGAAGGCACUCGUUACUGACCUCCUCCUGACCAUCUACUCGGCGACGACAUACCACCCCGUUUUUGGAGCAUUGCCGCGCUUUCAUCUGUUGUAUCUGUCCUGUCAGCUACAGCAUGAUACCCCGGUGAUCUGUCAGCUUCGCAACUGUUGUUAGUUAGGGGAUGCACUUUGGAACCCCUGGAUGGUCUCCAGCAAGAUCAUAACUUCGCCUUGCGGCCGGGGAACAUCAGUGGGGUUGCGCAUCCAUCAUCAUGUUCUCAAACCAGGGUGGGCGCAAGUCGGUCGAUAGCUUGUCGUCGACAUUGUCCGCCGGCCAUCGAACGGAGUUCCCAUUUCACGGCAAAGGACCGAGCAGCCCACAACGCCAACGUAGAGACUCGACAGCAAGCUCCAUCUACUCGGUGGGCGGAUCGCUGGACGCCUCCGCCGGUUGGACCAGCGCCGUCUUCGAAUCGGGUCAGAAUGCCAUCUCCACGCUGCUGCAACCCCCUAUAGUCCGGACAGGCCUGCUUCCACAUACGAGCGCCCCUGCUUCGAGCGCGCACAAACCUCCGACCGCCCGAGACAUACCUCCCGUGACACUUACGAAUGUACCCCACGUCGAUGCUUCCGAGUUCAGACCAUACCUCUCCCAGGUUGGGGCGUUAUAUGAGCAGUUGCGGCGAAUCCAAGCCGAGGAAGACGAGAAUGCGAACGCCUCGAACCGACGAAGCACCAAAGCUGACGAGGCGCCCGAAACCCCGGUGGACGAGGGUCAUUUGCGCCCUGCAAGACGGCCUGGCUUGUCGUCGAGGAGAACUUCGACUGCAUCCAUCUCGUCCCUCACCUCGAUAGACUCUCCCACUCUUCCUCGGCGACCCAGUUCCGGUCUCAGAACCCGACAAGCGCAGGGACCACCACCUUUGUCGACCGUUCCCGCUGUAUAUUUUGAGGAGGACUUCCACCUUGAGAAUCCACGGACUUUUGAUGUAGUCAGCGAGCGAUCCGAGGUGGUAAGGCCCGCGCCGGGGGAUGAUAAAGGGGGACCGAAUGGACAAGCUGCGGCGCCUCGGAAGGCUCUAGCGACCAAUGCGAUCUUACAGGAGAAGCUCUCGUGGUAUAUGGAUACGAUUGAAUGGCAUCUGAUUCAGUCCAUCUCGACGGCAUCAACGACUUUUUUCAGUGCGCUGGGUUCUCUGCGGGAACUGCACUCGGAAGCGGCCGACUCAGUAGAGAGGAUCAAGGCACUGCGCAAGGAGCUGGAAAACCUAGACGAAGAGAUUGCUACAGGGGGGCUCAACAUCAUACAACAACGGCGGAGGAGGGAAAAUCUGAAGCAGUUACACGACGCCGUCACACAACUCCGGAAAAUAGUAGACGGUGUUGCCGUCUGCGAGUCCCUUGUGGAUGCUGGAAACAUCGAUGAAGCUUUGGACAACAUCGAUGGCUUGGAGAAGCUCAUCGCUGGCGAAUUGCCCGAGGGUGGCAGUCAGUCUGGAGUGAGUCUGGUGGACCUGCGGGGUGCCACAGCUCUCCAGGGCGUGAGCAACGAUUUGUCUACUCUGCGAUUCCGGAUCGGAAAGGCAUAUGAAGGAAAGUUUCUCAACACUCUGCUUACGGAUCUCCAAAACCACGUCAAACAGGUGUCUGCGCAGGAGGUGCUCAUGCGUUGGAGUAGUGCUUCCAUGCGAGCCCGCGGCGCCCACAGUCGUGAACCAUCGGCGUUCCCAUCUUAUAUGGCGGCGACAGACAUUCUGAGGAUAGAACUGUUGCCUAGUCUGACGGGGCUGCAUCGGGCCAAGUUCAUCACUGUGGCCGCGACUGCAUAUCGCGAGGCAGCGAUGAAGGAGAUCAAAGCCAUCAUCCGACGGCCGCUGCCUAGCUCCAGCGAUGACGACGACACGACGUCGAUGAUGUCGAUGCAGUCCAGCUCGACGAUGAACCGAGGCGCCAGUCCGCGGACUCAGCAGGACCGGUCCAUACAGUUGGCUAGAAACCUGCGAGCAUUGGACCCUCUGGAUGCCGAAACCUUGCUGGUAAAGAUCUACAUUGGUGUUACGGAGGCUCUCAGGAGAUUGAGCACACAGAUGAAGGUCUUGUUGGAUGUUGCAAGCACGAUAGGCGACGCAGGUCCAUCCGGGCUGAAGUCGCCACCGCUCAGGUCGCCCCCUAUGAGUCCUCCAGCAAGACCACCAUCGAGAGCUGCGGUCGAGGCCCAGGAGGAGAUCCAUGCGGCUGUGGAUAUUUCCAACUUUCUCGGGCAAGCGAUUGACGCAGCUCAGGAAAAGAUUGUCAAGGUGCUUCGAGUACGGUCUGAGCAGAGCAAACGGCUGGAUCUUGUCUCCUUCCUGCGGUACUUUACCCUCAACCUUUACUUUGCCAACGAGUGCGAGGCCAUAUCUGGACGGAGCGGCACGGCACUGAAGACGCUAGUCAAUGGUCACAUCGCAGACUUUGUCAAACUCCACGGCGACGCACAAACUCAAAAGCUCGCCCAGGGCAUGGAGUCAGACCAGUGGAACGCGGCUGACUUCACCGAGAAGGACACGGACCUGCUGAAUCGGAUUCUCGAGUGCAGCACCAGAGAUGCUGCCGCGUGGACGGAGGGCACGCAGGUCUGGCAUCCCCAUCCGGACGCGCCGCAGGAAAGGAGCGAGGCCAACGGCGGAGGAGAUGAACCAGACGUCGUAUCCGCCCAAGCAAACGGCGGCGGCAGCCCUGCUGCCACGAGAAGCAGAACCCGCAGCGCUGUAAUCGAAUCCGAGUCUUACCUCCUCCCCAACUCGGCCAUCCUCUGCAUGACGGGCAUGGAGAAUUUCUUGCAGCUCAUCACCUCGAUCCCGUCCAUGACAACGGACAUUUCGUCGUCCCUCAUCGCCUACCUCCAGCUUUUCAACUCGAGGUGCAAGCAGCUCAUCCUGGGCGCGGGAGCGACUCGGUCUGCUGGGCUGAGAAACAUCACGACCAAGCACCUCGCUCUCGCGUCCCAGGCGCUGGCUUUCAUGGCGGCUAUCAUCCCGCAUGUUCGGGAGUUUGUCCGGAGGCACUGCGCCGGGUCGGUGGUUACGUCUACGAUGGGGGAGUUUGACAAGGUGAGGAGGGACUUGAUGGAGCAUCAGAAUAGUAUUUAUGACAAGCUGGUGGAGAUUAUGACUGGGCGGGUGGGAUUGGCGGGGCGGAAGGUGAGGGCUUUGGCGUGGGAUGAUGAUGAUGGGAAAGGGGGGUCGGUUGUGAGUGAGUAUAUGGAGGGGUUGGCGAAGGAUACGGUGACGCUGCACAAGAACUUGACGAGGCAUUUGCCCGAGGGGACGGUGAGGUAUAUUAUGAUGCCGGUUUUUAGGAAUUACAAGGAGACGCUUGGGGGGGCGUAUAGGGAGGUGGAGGUUGGGAUUGGGGGGAGGGAGAGGAUGCUCCGCGACGUGGAAUUUUUUCAGUCACGACUGGGAAGGAUUGAUGGGUUUGGGGACGCGGGGGAGUUUCUUCUUGGUGUUAUUAACUCCAAGACGGUUGUUGGUAAUGCUUCGGGGUCGUCGUUGGCAGUGGUGGAUAAAAUACCGUCAAGGGCGGGGUCGAGGGCGGCGUCGCCUGCUCCUCCUCCUCCUCCGCCGCAGUUGGGGCACUCGUUGAGUGUGAACAUUUCUACGAGUCCGGGGAUUGAGGUGGAGGAGGGGAAGAAGUCUAGUGAGAGUAAGGAGGGGUCGUCGGAGGGGGGGAAGAGUAGUGCUGAGGAGAAGAAAUCGCCACCGCUGCCGGCUGAGGAAAAGGAGUAGGACUUGGGGACGAGGCAGGCGAGAAAGAUGGGGUAUUUGAGCGGGGUUGUUGGGCAGAGGGGGAGGGACGUGAAUGUGCUUAGAUGAGGGGGUUUGUUUGUGUCUGAACUAUUGUUUUUUAUUAUAUACCUAUGGUUGGUUUUCUAGAUGUGCUGUAUCGGGGGUGGGGGAGGGUGCUUGCAUGAUGAGCUAGUAGCUAUUAUGGUUAUAGGGGUAGUUGGUUUAUAGGAAAAAGGGGAUUUGAGCGAUGUUGCAUAUUGUGAAACUUAUGGGGAAUUGGGGCACACCUGGUUGGCAUGUAUAAUCAGAUGAGAUGCUAGAUACUGGUCGAAAACCUACUGUACCUAUUCUUCGACUCUUUUUGCGGACUUUGGCAGGUUUCUUUGGAUAACGAGGUAGCAUGUCAAUAUGACCUGUCUACACCUUUC